GCCCUCUCCACUCAGGUCAACAAACCUCAUACAAAGGUCUGUUCAUGUCUUCCCUGUUGAAUGGGCAAGAAAGUAUUUUGCCCUCACACAGACAAGUAGGAAAUAUCAGCAUCUAUCGUAAAGACAAGAGAAGCGACGAAGAUGGAGAAUUUUUUACAGAAUUCCUGGGUUCGUAGACUGUUCAGAAAUCUGAUGGCGGAGGGGAAGAAGCUGUUCCUGAAUCGUUGAGUGUGGGUCUUCAGGCUCCUGUACCUCCUCCGAUGGUAGUAACGAGAAGAGGGCAUGUCCUGGAUGGGAUGGCUGGCCAGAACAUCGAACUCAGUGAAUUUGACUUUGGGGAUGAGUUUGAAAAUUACACUUAUGGAGAAUACCCAUUAGUUGAUCUUGCCACCGCCCCUUGCACUCCUCUGGUUAACGGAAAUUGGAUCAACAUCAUGUUGGCUGUUGUCUACAGCCUGGUGUGCUUCCUCGCCGUGACGGGGAACCUGGUGGUAAUGACCGUCAUACUUUACAACCGACGCACAACGUCGACUACGGACGUCUACCUGCUCAAUCUGGCCACAGCCGAUCUGCUCUUUGCCCUCUUUCUGCCCUUCUGGGCAGUAGAUGCCAUAUCAGGGUGGGUGUUUGGUGAUGCCAUGUGUAAGGUUGUCAGCAUGUUACAGGAGGUGAACUUUUACAGUGGGAUCCUGCUGCUGGCCUGCAUCAGUGUGGACCGUUACCUGGCCAUUGUCCACUCUGCCCAGUCCCACAAGCAGAAGAGGCCGUUUCUGACCAAACUGAUCUGUGGUGUUGUGUGGGUGAUGGCCGUUCUGCUAUCCUUACCCGUUCUCUACAAGGGCAAGUUCACUUACUCCAACAGAAUCCUGUGUUAUGAGACCCUCGAUGCUGAAUCGGCUGCAACCUGGAGAAUCACCACCAGGUUCCUGCGUCACGUCGUUGGGUUCCUCAUCCCACUGGGGGUCAUGGUCUUCUGCUACAGUGUCACCAUCCACAGACUGUGUCAGACUAAGGGUUUCCAGAAACAGAAAGCCAUGAAGGUCGUUAUCGCCGUGGUGCUCGCUUUCCUGGUCUGUUGGCUGCCUCACAAUGUAACUGUGUUCACCGACACUCUGUUGAGGAGCAAACUCAUCGCCGACAGUUGUGCCAGGCGCCACCUCAUCGACAGCGCUCUGUCUGCCACCCAGAGCCUGGGAUUCCUGCACAGCUGCAUUAACCCAAUCUUGUACGCGUUCAUCGGGGUGAAAUUCCGGAGGAACUUAAUCAACCUCUUGGCUGAUAAAGGGCUCAUUAACCAAAGUGCCAAAGCACAUUAUCAGCGAUCGGUGUCCUCGUCCUCUGAAUCUGGACUCAUUUCAUCCACAAUAUAGACUGCCAGUGAUGGCAAAA